GGGCUGACGACAGCAGACUCGGUUCCGGACAGAAGAGAUAGCCGCGCAAUUUGUUGAGACACCCCAUUCUACAGGUUUACAGCUAACACUGUGUUUGAGAAAAAGGGCUACCAGCAAGGAUGAGCGAAAUUCACGGCUUUUUGAGAGACAUCUACGACUCCUCUGCUGUAAAGUGCGACUUCAUCUGCACUGUCAACGAUUGGAACCUCACGCCCGACAUCAAGAGCAUCGUCUCCCAGAUCCACCCUGAGACGAUGAAGAGGUAUUACGGCUGUGGACUGAACACGCCUGAAGCUAUUGAAGGGAAACGUAUCCUUGACAUUGGAUGCGGAUCAGGCAGCCUCGUUUUCGUCCUGAGCAAAUUAGUUGGUCCAACCGGAAGUGUAGUUGGUGUGGACUUUUCGCCUAAACUUAUUGCUGAGUGUGUGAACAGGGAGGACUACCACCGCGACAAAUGGGGAUACGACAAGAAAAACACCGAGUUCUUCGAAGGCAACGCCGAGAACAUUUCCCAACUUGGAGAUCAAAGCUUUGAUGUCAUUGUGUCAAAUGGCGUGUUUUCCUUGAUACCAGACAAGUCCAAAGCGUUUGCUGAAACCUUCAGGUUGAUUAAGGAUGGUGGUGAGUUCUACCUGAAUGACAUCUACGCUGAAAAACCUGCCCCCGCCGAGUUGAAGGACGAUCUGAAGCUUUUGGGAUUGGGCUGUGACUGGUUCCCAGCUGCCAGGUGAGUUGUUGUCCUCAGCCAUGAAAGUGGGGUUUACCCAGCCACACCUUACUUCCGUCGGACCUCUCGACAUGAUCGACAGUUUCAAGAAAUCGCUACCCGGAAGAAGAUACCUUUGCGCGAGCAACCGGAUGUUUCGUUUGGGAAGCGGAAGUGACAGGGGACCAGCUUCUGUGACGUACAAAGGAAACAUCAAAGGGUAUACGUCGGAGUUCAGAUGGGACGUCAAUAUUACCUUUAAGACUGGGGAGGCGGUACUAGUGGACGGGAAACUGGCCACUAUCUUGGCCAGUACUCGGUACAGAGAAUUCUUUGACUUUGAAGACACUUCUGCUCAUGUCGAAACAAGGCGGUGUCAGAACCCCUUUGUGUACCUGGACCAGCUGUCAUCCCAGGGCAAACAUCUCCCCUGUAUCUUCACCAUGGGGCUAUACCAGUGAUGUCAACCAUACCUGAAAAACUGUUGAUUUCAUUUGGUGCCAGACGGUCUGUUAGAAAUAAUAUCCAUUAAACGUUGGCUGAAUCAUUUUCGGUUUUUCAUA